AUGUCAGCCUACAACAUCACCUCCACCCAUCCAGCUGCCUUCGUGUUAAUGGGGAUCCCAGGCCUGGAGCACCUACACAGUUGGAUUGCUGUCCCCUUCUGCUUGGCCUAUACGCUGGCCCUACUUGGCAACUGCAGCCUCCUUUUCAUCAUUCUGACUGAUGCAGCUCUGCAAGAGCCCAUGUAUGUUUUUCUGGCCAUGUUGGCAGCCAUUGAUCUGGCCCUUUCUUCUUCAACACUGCCCAAAAUGCUUGGUAUUUUCUGGUUCAGAGAUCAAGAAAUCAACUUCCAUGCCUGCCUGGUCCAAAUGUUCUUUCUCCACUCCUUUGCCAUCAUGGAGUCAGCGGUGCUGCUGGCCAUGGCUUUUGACCGCUAUGUGGCCAUCUGCAAGCCACUAUAUUAUACCACAAUCCUGACUAGGCCACUUAUCACCAAGAUUGGCAUAGCCACUGUGACCCGGGCUGUGACAUUAAUGACUCCUCUCCCCUUUCUGCUCAGACGCUUCCACUACUGUCGAGGCUCAGUUAUCGCCCACUGCUACUGUGAACACAUGGCUGUGGUGAGGCUGGCGUGUGGGGAUACCCACUUCAACAAUAUCUAUGGCAUUGCUGUGGCCCUGAUAAUCGUGGUGCUGGACCUGCUGUUUGUCAUCCUGUCUUACAUUUUUAUUCUUCGGGCAGUUCUGCAGCUUGCCUCCCAGGAGGCCCGCUACAAAGCAUUUGGAACCUGUGUGUCUCACAUUGGUGCCAUUUUGGCCUUCUACACACCUGUGGUCAUCUCUUCAGUCAUGCACCGUGUGGCUCGCCGGGCUGCCCCCCAUGUCCACAUACUUCUUGCCAGUUUCUAUCUUCUCUUCCCACCCAUGGUCAAUCCCAUAAUCUAUGGUGUAAAAACCAAGCAAAUUCGUGAACGAGUCUUAGGACUUUUAUUGAGAAAGGAUGUGUAA